ACUACCGGAAUCCUACACAAGAAGAAGAAGAAGAAGAAGAAGAAGAAGAAGAAGAAGAAGAAAAAGAACCAUUGCCGCGAAAACGACAGUCUUGAAUGGUCAAAUGAAAACAAUGUGUAUUAACUGUACCAUGAGAUCGAAAUAAAAACAAAGAUGAUUCUUCAAUGUUGAUGCAUUGUUUUUCGGUCAAGGUGAGCAAUGAACAGCGCCCGAUGUUUCCUACAAAACAUUUUACAGUUUUAGAAGGAAACCUUGAGAAUCAGUCAUGACAGGAAACGCCACUUCCACUGCAUUCCUCAAAGAUGUGGUGGCGUAUGUUGAUGUGUGGUCUGCGAGCAGGAUGGAGGAUUACUCUGAUCCGUUCAUCCAGCAGCUGCUGGACAUGGGUGCAGAGGUAUCUAAGACACUCAACAAACAAGUGACCCAUGUAGUCUUCAAACAUGGCCGCCCGUCCACAUGGAAGAAGGCCCAGAAAAUGGGUGUAAGGAUUGUUUCUGUCCACUGGGUAGCAAGAUGCAAAGAAAGUAAUGAACAUGUAGAUGAAGAUCUUUUUCCUGCUCAGAAUGAAGAAUCCAAACUUCAUCUUAUGAAUAAAAGAACCCAUCGUUGCAUGCAGCCUAGAGAUUUUGCUAUAAAGACCCCUGAGAAUGACAGGCGACUGAAAAAAAAAUUAGACAAAAUGAUGGAAGACCUGAUCCCCUCGUCCCCUGUUGUUUCUGACACUUCACCAUUCGUUGUUGAUGAGGAAAGUGGAAUAGUCUACAGUCCCUCUUUAAAACGCUCUGACAGCAUGGCUCAGCGACUCAGAGAAAUGAGAGUUCAACGUGAACAUCUCUCACCCACUGCCUCACAGAUGCACGACAGUGGCCCAGGAUGUGAUUCAUCCUUGAGAGCUUCCCUUGGGGCAUCUCCAACUUUGUCUUUCUUGCAACAGCUAGAGGAAGAGCCUUUGGAUUGUUUAUCAAAAUCUCAUUGUCACUCCUUCAAGAAAAGAGAUGAACAAGAGAAGCAGAACUGCAAUAAGUCAAUAGCGAAAAUAACAAGUAAAAUAAACCACACACCUUCUGAAUCAGACACAGCCAUGGCCAUGUGUAAUCUGGCUAAUGGUGAAAGUAAUAUUGAAAUCCCACCAUUAUAUUUAAGAUCAAGACGGUCUUUAGUGAACAACACUGGAGAAAAGAAGCAGUCCACUUUAGAGAAUUUCUUUCAUAAAACCAUUUCUGAAAGAAAACAAAGCUCACUCCUCAAACCAGAAACUGAAAACAUUGAAAUAUCCACAGAGUUAUCUGGCAGCCCUGAAAGACCUAAAAGUUCCCUGCCUGAAAGCCUCACAAAAACAAAUCACCAACACAGCAAAAGUAUACAGCACUCAAAAGAACUGCAGACCAACUCUAAACGUUCCUAUUCCAGGAAUUCAUCUUCAGCACGCAGUUGUUUCACAGCAAAUAAAAAUGAUGAAUCUAUUACUUUCAAGCCUGUUCAUAAAUGUCAACGUAAAACUUCUGUUCCACUGUGUUCAGCUGACUCAGUUGGUGGUCUUCCUAGUCAAGAUGAUGAUGGUGAGGUAUUUGAAGACAUCUUCUCACCAGCCAACAAUGCCCUUAAGCGGAGGGUCAUGUUGUUUGGUUCGACUUCAGAAGCAGUGCACAUAUCCACUUUUCACCUAGAGGACUCAAACAAGAAGAGCAAGAGAUUGUGUAGUAAAAAGCGAAAACAUGAAAAUAUUGAUAUUAAAGACUUUGUUGACUCAUCAGGCCCUGUGGAUAUGAUGGAGGAAAUUGUUCCUGAGAUACAUGGCUCAAAGCCUGAAUGUUUGUCUGAGUGUCUGCCUCAGUCACCCAGGUUUGUAGAAAUAAAACUCAAGCCGUUGGCAAAGAAACGGAGGAUGCAAACAAGGCUAAACUCUGCUGUUAAACUCAGUCCUGCUGACAAAAAGAAGGUAUCAACGGCUGCCUCUCCAAUGUCAUCCUCUGCGGUUAACACAGAGCUGCAAAUACAGAAGUUUCUCAAACCCGACCCUGAUACCAAAUAUGGUAUUGAAAACAGACAGAUGGGUUUAAAAAUUGCAGGGAAAGAGAAUAAAAGCAAAGCUUAUGGGAUCAUUGAGAGAAGUUAUGAAAUGUGUAGCAAACCAGAAACUAUGAAAAAGGACAAGUACAUGAAGAAAAAUAGGUCCUUGGUAAUGACAAGCAUGCCCACUGAGAAGCAAGAGGUAGUCUUCCAGCUGGUCAGAAAUCUUGGUGGUUUUACAGUGGUCGAUAAUGUGUGUGAAAGCACCACUCAUGUGGUGUCUGGCAGCCCACGGCGGACACUUAAUAUCCUGCUAGGAAUUGCACGUGGCUGCUGGAUCCUAUCCUUUGAGUGGGUCCUAUGGUGUUUGGAGCACAGGCAGUGGGUUCCUGAAGAACCUUAUGAGCUAUCAGAUCAUUUUCCAGCUGCGCCUAGGGUGGAUGUUUGAAGAAUGAAGACUCUAAGUCUCUACAUCCAGUUGAUUCUCCUUUUCCAGGAUUGUGCUCGCACUCAUUUAUAUGCCAUCAAGAGUAGGAGGAGGAGACAGGGUCACAGAAGCACUCGUACAGUGUCAUUUGCUCACAGGCUGAUUGUACUCAUCCCUCAUCAUUCUAGCAGGCUGUUUUCUUAACCAAGUCCUUUGUGAAGGACUGAGACUUCUCCCAUGACCCAUGGCCUCUAAUUGAGGAGUGCUGCUUGAAAAAAGGAGGAUAAAGAGCUUUCCAGCCAGACUCUGAAGCUCUUAAGUUAUCCCUCUUGCCUGUAUCUGCUGCUCCAACGAAAGCCAAGACAGUGGUUCUGGUUGGUGGCAGAGGACGGGGAUGCUAUUGUUUUAUUUGUGUUUUUCUUAGAGGCUGCUGCUGGGGGAAAAAAGCUACGCAGGAUGCAGCUGUAUAAUUCAAGUAAUGCAACUUCAGCAGUGCCCAAGUCAUACCAGAUGACCACAAGUCCAGAUGUGUUUUUUUUUUGUUGUUGUUGUUUUUUGUCCUUCCACAUUCUCUUCUUCAAAGCACUGGUCCCCUUGAAUGUUUGAAGAGAGAUAAAGAGAGGAUCUUUCAGUUGUCACUCACACUAUAAUUUCAAGACCAUCAUUUCCUGUCCUAAAUCUUUAGAACAGUGGGGUCCAAAAGUCUGAGAAUCUUGUCACAGAAAACUGGAAGCACAUUUUUAGGUUUUUGAAAAAUGUGUAAAAUCUCCUCAAAAAAUUAUUAAAAAUUCUAAUAUUGUUGUUAGUUUUUCAUGUUAACUUGUUACUCAAAAUGAUAUGUUGGUAAUAUGCUGAAAGGUGAAAAGCUGCUUGUUUAUAAAAGUAUUUGGCUUUCACUAAGAUGACAUUUGUAAAAGCUCUUACCAUGUCAUUUUAAAAUUAUUUCUGAUCACCAUUAAUGCAGCUGCUAAAAAUAUUAAAGGAGUUAGUUCACCCAAAAAUGAAAAUUGUCAUUAAUUACUGGUUUGUAAAAUUACAUACAGUCUACAUUAGUAUUUGACCUUGAAAAACUAAAAUAUUAUUAGGCAAGUCCAUAAGAGCACUUCCUCAUUUCAUAUGAUCACAAUAUAUAUUGGCCUGAAAAGCUGACAUGGAGGAAGAGGAAGGCAGGUGUUGUGGGAGGAAAUAAUUCCGCUCAGAGGAUGUUUUGUUAUUUAACCCCUCGGGUGUCUCCUCUGCUUGGAUAUUAUGUCCUUGUCGUCACUUCCAUUAACACCAGAGAGAACACUGCUUUAUGAUGACCAUCAAAGCUUUUAUUUGGUGUAGAGUGCAUCACACACUCUUAAAAGAAGAGGUUCUAUAUUGAACAGGGGUUCUCAACUCUGGCCCUUGAGGUCCACUUUCCAGCAGAGUUUUGCUCCAACUUUAAUCAAACACACCCUUAACAAGCUAAUCAAUAACUUCAGGAUUACUGUAAAGAUAUAGAUAUGUGAUUUUGAUGAAGGUUGGACCUAAA